AUGUCAACUAAGUCGGCUCUGAAGGCAGUGCGCAUUGCAUUGGACGCCAGGGAUUUUGAAGAUGCAGCUGAGAAAGCAAAAGCGGUUGUGAAGCAAGAGCCUCAAAACUAUCAUGCAAACGUUUUCUUAGGCCUAGCGCUGGACAAGUUGAACAAGAAUGACGAGUCGGAAAGAGCGUAUCUCGCAGCGACCCGUGCGAAGGAGGACGACAAGACAGCCUGGCAGGGUCUGAUCAAUUUGUACGAGAAGCAAGGAGGCUACAAACUUGACGCCUACUAUGAAGCAGUUCUGAGACUGGGCGUAAUUUUUGCUGAAGCCGAUGACAAACACCGCUGCCAAGAUGCCGUGGACAAGUACAUCAAGUUCGCCAAAAAGCAGGGCACUCGAUCGCAGUACAAGAAGGCGCUUGGAUUACAUCUUCCUACAAGUCCCCUCUAUGGCUACCUCGAAGGACGAAUACCCCACCCUUCUCACACAUAUCUACGACUUAUUGAGAUGACCGAAGCUGAAGAGAAAGAAUUCAUCAAUAAGGAAAUCGGAGAGCGGAGGACCCGGCUUGGCGCUCGCAUCGACCAAGUGACGCUGGAAGUGAAAAGGGAAGCGUACAAACGUGGGGAAGUCGAGCAACUAUACCACGGAAUUGUGGAUUGGUCCCAUGACGACCAGGUUCGACGCACGUACGAGGAGAAGUUGCUGCAGCGAGCCUACGAAGUGCUCACUGUCCUUCCGCCAGGAGAGAAGACAGAAAAACGCGCUGAGGUCUUGCAAGCGGCUCGCGACAUGGUUAUCAUCAAACAUCCUUUCGAGCUUGCCUGGAAGAUAGUACUCGAAUGGCAGGAUAUCCAGAGCUUUUCGGAUUGGGACGUCAAUUUCCUCAAUGAUUUCAUUGAAUUCUUUCCGGAAGAUGGCCUCACCAAAAUCUUCAAGGGCUUCUUAGCCAGCGACCUCUCCCCAUUCCCUAAACAGGAGAAAAAGCCCGCGGCGAUCGAGGAAGAAGCCGAGAAUGAAAAGGGCGAAAAUCACGAAUUAGCCGUUCAGGACCGCUUAUUGAUGAUGGUAGAAGGGCUUGAAGCUUCUCGCUCUUUAAUCGUCGCACAUAGAAUUAUGGGGGAGCUCUAUCUGUCUCUCGAAGAGUAUGAUAGUGUCGUAGAUACUGCGCGCAAGGGUCUCUCCAACAUCAAAGAUCUGGUCAAACUGACUGGGUCAAACCUGACCAACACCACUGACUGUUUAAACAUUUUGCUGGCAAACUCUUUAAUCUACUACCAGAUUCCUCGGCACCAUCCCGAAGCUAAAGAAAUCUUUGAAGAGAUCCUGAAAAGGAAACCUAAGUCAACAAGCUCCCUGUUGGGUAUUGGGUUGAUUCUCAAGGUGGAUGAGGACUAUGCUGAAGCCGUUAACUUUCUGGAACGUGCUUUAGAACGUGAUCCUUCCAAUCUAAAGAUCCGCGGCGAGCUUUCUUGGUGCAGAGCGCUUAACGGUGAUAUCGAGACUGGUUUAUACGGCCUUCAGGAUGUUCUCUCCGAGUUACAAGACCUGGAGUCGCCUAACCGGGAUUUCAAGAGUGAGAUUCUCUAUCGUAUCGGUUACUGCCAGUGGGAGCUUGAUCCUUCACCGUCUGCGCGCAAAGAUCGCAAUGGUGCUUAUGCCAGUUUUCUUGGUUCUAUACAAUCCAAUAUCAACUAUGCGCCUGCGUAUACCAGCCUGGGUAUAUAUUAUGCCGACUACAAGAAAGACAAGACUCGAGCACGCAGAUGCUUCCACAAGGCCUUUGAAUUAUCCGCUUCGGAGAUCGAAGCCGCUGAACGCCUCUCGAGAACGUUCGCGGACCAGAAGGAAUGGGAUCUUGUUGAGGCAGUGGCUCAGCGCGUUGUUGAUUCUGGCAAAGCGAAACCUGCACCUGGGUCAAAACGGAGAGGAUACAGCUGGCCGUAUGCAGCCUUGGGCACAGUUCAGAUUAACAAACAGCAGUAUAGCCAGAGUAUCGUUUCGUUCCAAGCAGCUCUGAGAAUCUCACCAGGUGAUUACCAUUCAUGGGUCGGUUUGGGGGAAAGCUAUCAUCAUUCGGGUAGAUAUAUUGCUGCCACCAAGGCGUUUGAUCAUGCCCAGCAACUGGAGUCAUCUCUCUCAACCGAUGAAAGAGAGCAUGUCUGGUUUGCGCGAUACAUGCUGGCAAACGUCAAGCGCGAACUUGGCGAAUACCAAGAUGCCAUCUCGCGCUAUGAGGAUGUGUUGAAAUUCCGGCCCAAUGAGUUUGGCGUGACGAUCGCGCUACUCCAGACUCUUACAGAAAGUUCCUGGAGGAGCCUUGAAUCAGGAAUGUAUAACGAUUCCGUUGAGCUUGCGCGCAAGGCAAUCCUUGUCGCCUCAUCACUUGCUCUGGAACGUGUCGACAUCUUCAAUCUCUGGAAGGCGGUCGGCGACGCGUGCUCAAUGUUCACAUUUGUCAAAGCAAAGGCGAGCAAAUUUCCGAUCCAGGAAGUUAGGGCACUUCUUGCGACUCAACCUGAGCCUGCAGCUUUCGACAUAUUUGCAGAUCUCGAUGACCUAGGACAAAAUUCUUUAUCCCUACUGGGAGACGACGCGGAUGAUGCUGUCACACCUUCGGAUAAGUGUAUUUUUGCUUCAGUCCUUGCAUACAAGCGAGCUAUACAUGUCUCAGCGCAAGAUGUUCAUGCUCAGGCAGUCGCUUGGUACAACCUUGGAUGGGCAGAAUACAGAGCCUACAAAUGCGUGCAAGUGCACACUGGCAAAAAAGGUAGAAAGCAGACACGCCGAUUCCUCAAGACAGCCAUGCGGAGUUUCAAGCGAGCAAUCGAGCUCGAAGCUGGCAACUCAGAGUUCUGGAAUGCUCUGGGCGUGGUGACUACAGAUAUGAGCCCAAAGGUAGCCCAGCAUGCAUUUGUAAGAAGUCUGCAUUUGAACGAGAGAAGCGCUCAAGUGUGGACAAAUCUGGGAACUCUCUAUCUCAUUCACAACGAUAUCCAGCUUGCCAAUGAAGCUUUUACACGCGCGCAGUCGACCGAUCCAGACUAUUCGCUGGCCUGGGUUGGUCAAGGUCUCCUCGCUCUUCUAUAUGGUGAUGCGAAUGAAGCCCGAGGUCUCUUUGAACAUGCUUUUGAUAUUUCUAACUCAUCAUCGAAAUUGCCAAAACGUCAAUACACGUUGACGUUGUUCGAUCAUCUGUUAUCAGACUCUUCAGCGUCGAAUGAAAUAUCACAACUCAUCCAACCAUUCUUCGCCCUUCACCAACUCUCUGCUCAGGAUCCGUCCGAUUUGCAAUUCAUGCAUCUGUCAUCUCUAAUGGCCGAGAGGAUUGGCGAGCUUGAUGACGCGGUAACUAGCCUGGAAGUCGUUUGUUCCGGAGUUGAGGCCGAAUACGAGGUGUCGGAAUCGGUGUCGUCUCUUUCUCGAUACGCACAAUCGAAUGCAGAUAUGGCUCGUGUCCUCCUGGCGCGCCACGAAUACGAAGAAGCAGCAGAGAAAGCGGAAAUGGCGCUCACCCUGUCUGGAGAGGAAGAUGCAGAGAAAUUCGGCCCAGAGGCGAACCAAAAACUGCGCCUCUCGGCUCAUUUGACAGCCGGCCUAGCACAUUAUUACCUGAAAUCUAUGGAUAAUGCCAUUGACAUGUUUCGGGAUGCUUUGCAGGAAGCAGAUAAUGAUCCUGAGGUGGUGUGUCUUCUAGCACAAGUUUUGUGGGCCAAGGGUGGGGAGGAAGAGCGCACUGUGGCUCGCCAGCAGCUGUUCGAUUGUGUCGAGGAACACCCCGACCAUGUUGGAGCGGUGUCACUUCUGGGCGCUAUUGCGCUCUUAGAUGAUGACAAGGAUGUCAUUGAAGCAGUGACAUCUGAUCUACACAAUAUGAUCACAAGGGACGACAUUGACAUUCAUGAGCGGGCUAAGCUAGUCAAGCUCCUGACGGCGAUUUCUUCCUUGGGCUUAGCAGAUCCCGAAAUCCCCGAGGAUCUUAGACCUAUCAAAGAAGCUACAACAGCUGUGAUGAGAUCCCCAGGUCAGCCGCAGGGCUGGCAGGAGUUAGCUGCAACGUCACAGGAACUGUAUCCUGCAGAAAUGGCUGUUGAUAGAGCACUGCGGAGUGUCCCACCACGAAGUAAUCUUGACGCCGUUGACCUUGCCAACGCAUAUGUACAGACUGGCAAGGCAAGCGAUGCUCUCAAGGCGAUUAUGGUGGCACCAUGGAAGCAAUGUGGUUGGGAGGAACUCAAGUAUGCUGUGUCUGGAUGA